CCUUAAAAGCUUGGCAAGCUGGCGAGCCUGUAAUUCUUCAAACGCUUCCUAUGCGACUAUUUAGCGGCAAGUUCGCGGGAACGGUCGUAUCACCCACCUUACCACGUGCAGCACUUACGCGCGCGACAAGUCGCAAGUACCGUCGAGCUGCCCUUGAUUUCCACCAUGUCCGGCUUUCUGAAAAGCGUUUUCAAGCUGCUCGGCCUAGGGAGGGCUCGACACCUCGUUGGCUACGACUUGGAACGGAACGCAUACUACGAACUACCCAAUGCAUUCGGCAGCACAGACCCCCGUCAUACACGUCGAAUGAUUCAAUACAGCAAGAACAAGUCCAUGGGGGAUCACAUCAUGGACCAAAAACGCUUACCGGUCCAGUGGACCCUCUGGCUUAGACAUACAAGGCAAGACCCGCCGACUAUCGAGGAGCUACAGCGAGACGUCCAACGCAUAGCUGUCACGCAACGCAAUGCUCGUAUACUCGAGGCCAAGUAUGUUGAAGAGCAGGAGCGAAGGAACGCGCUAAGGCAGGCCGAGCAUGGCUCCGCAAUAGCCCUUCUCGGUGGAGUGGCGCCUGUGAGUGAGGAAGCUUCGCGCGCAUCUAUGCGAAUACAGCCGUCAUCCGCACCACAAGGAUCGUCAUCGUCCGCGGCAGGCUUUGCCCCUCGCCCAAGUGCACGCCGUGUCGCCACCGUUCCGACGAGCUUUGUCUCCGACAAGGAGGCGGAUGCAGAACGAGAUUCACGCGUUCUUUCCGAGCAAGAGCUGGCACAGGGCAGCGUGCGACAGGAACGCAUUCCAGAUAACGACGUAUGGGCUGCAGCGCGACAGAGGAUACGCGCCCAAGAUGGGGCGCAGGCAACGUCAGCACAACCGGCGCCUACAGCAGGCGGCGAGAGUUUAUAUUCGGAAGCGAAAGCUCUUCGGGCUUUGCGCCGCCAAGGUCAGGCUCGCGAUACAGCAGAGAAGGCACGGGCCAGACAGGAGAUGGGCAAGAGCGUCCUGAGUGCAUUUGAUGUUGACGUGCAAGAUGAGGUGGAUGGGGUGCCGAGUGCGAGAUUCGAGCCGCGUGCGCGGCAUAGUUAGGGUUGUAGGCGUAAUACAAGAUUUAUCAAAUCAUCACC